CGAGCGGGCCCGACUAAAACUCACGCGAAGCCAGUGUGUGCUUCCUCCCCAGUUCGCCGGCGAUGGAAGCUGCCGCAGCAAGCUCGCGCCGCCGCCCGGCCCUCCGCCUCCUCUGCCCGAAGAAGUCCCUCCUCUCCUCCACCUCCCCGUCCCUCCGAUGGCUCGUUGGCGCCCCUCGGGUUCUCGAGCCCGUCACCGUCACCGUCGCCCUCCGCUGCCUCCGCUCCCUAUCCGACCAUGGCCCCUUCUCCCCCGAUCUUCCCCACGAAGCAGACCAAAUCCGCGGAUUGCUCGUGAGGGGGUUCGAUAUCGUGGGGGGCCUGCUCGUGGGGAGCGCCGAUUUCGAGUCGGAUGCCGGUCGUGCGCUGGACCUGGCUCUAGCGCUGAGGGAGCGGUUGUUCGGCGAGAGGGCGAGCCAUGGCAUGGUUGGAGGCUGCGUGGAUGCGGCCACUGGGGAGGUUCGAUUUCGUGUUGCGGAGAGCGACGGGUCCGAAAUGGUGGAGGUACAGGAGGUUGUGUGGGAGGAUGAGCCCGGGAGGUUGCUGCUGGAGAAGGGCUGCCUUCUGCGCUGCGAGCUGCCGCUGCAGCUGCCACUCUACAUCCCUUCUGAUGACAUGUCUGGCAUUAAAGCAAGGUUUUCUUCACUCAUUGAAUCUACGGCUGCUAACCUCAGAGAUCCUUGUGUCUCUUACCUAGUUGAAGGUCCAACUGCAACAUCUGACGGAUCCCGGAAGUCUGUUAUCUUACAUGGCAAUGAUUUGAAGUCUGUUUCCCAUCUACCCAAUCUAAGCGCAAAUGAGCGCAGUGCAAAAAUUGGAUCUUGUUCGGAAUUCUUACCAACAAAGAGGUACGACCUCUCCUUGACAAGAGAGAAUGCAGAUGUGAUUCAAAUAACUGUCUUAUCCAAUCAAUCGGUCAAUAGCUCAAAGGCUGGUGCCCCUAUCCCUGUGGUAAAGUACUUUCCAGCACCACCAUCAACUACCCUGAGAGUAAUCAACUUGAAGCUAGAUAUACUAUGCUACACUUCUAUAGAUGUUCCUGUAGCAGCUGCUGUAUCUGAGCUUGUUAUUCCGGGAUUAGCUGAUCAGCUAAGCAUUAUGAGGAAGGCUAUUGUAUCAGAGCUCCUAACUCAACAACCCCAGCUCUGUCCGUACCAUUUUAUUCCUCCUGGAUUGCUUAUUCCUGUAACAGCUAUAUAUGACACAAGAUAUGGGGAGAUUGAGGAAAAGCAAAGUGAAUUGAGAAGAAACUUGCACUGCAGGCUUGGUCUGCCCUUAGACCGUCCUUUAUUACGGAUUUCUAAUGCAGUAACUUUUGAUGGCAUCGGAGGGAGAGAUAAAAGCUCCUCAAGAAAUGGUUCCUCAUUGCUUCGAGAUGUUCACAGAGAAAUUCCAUCUAGUGGUGUAUCAGGAGGAAUUGUGUCGUUGAUUGACGGUUCAUAUGAGUACUACCAUUACCUCCAUGAUGGUAUUGAUGACAAUGGAUGGGGGUGUGCUUACCGUUCUCUACAAACAAUCAUGUCUUGGUACAGAUUGCAACAGUAUUCAUCUAUAAAUGUUCCUUCACACAGGGAGAUACAGAAAGUACUUGUUGAAAUUGGUGACAAGGAUCCAUCGUUUAUUGGAUCUCGUGAAUGGAUUGGAGCGAUUGAACUAAGCUUUGUGCUUGACAAACUGCUUGGUGCUAGUUGCAAGAUUAUUAACGUAAGAUCUGGUGAUGAGCUUCCUGAAAAAUGCAGAGAACUUGCAGUGCAUUUUGAAACCCAGGGGACUCCUGUGAUGAUUGGUGGUGGAGUCUUGGCUUACACCCUUCUGGGAGUUGAUUACAACGAAGCCAGUGGUGAUUGUGCUUUCCUCAUCCUUGAUCCACACUACACUGGUGCUGAUGACCUCAAGAAGAUUGUGAAUAGUGGAUGGUGCGGGUGGAAGAAGUCAGUCGACAACAAAGGUCGGAGCUUCUUCUUGAAGGACAAGUUCUACAACCUUCUUCUGCCCCAAAGGCCCAAUAUGGUGUGAGAACCGAGUAGUGUUAGAAGUUUUGAUGUAUGAAGGGCCAAAGAGUGCUCGAGCUUACUGAUCAAAGGGAGACAUAUACUAGACCACCUUUUUUGCGGGAUUUGGUUGGGGGUUUGUACAUCUCAUCUCAUAUAGAGAAACUGGAGGCUCUGUGGCACCUGCAUGUGUGCGGCCGUGCGGAUCUGUUAUUUUUGUUCAUUGGCGAGGGUGAUGACAUAAGCAUGGGUCUGUUUCAGGCACUGUGCUCUGACUUGAAGCUAGGCUGGCCCAUCUGGACUCUGUACUUCUACAUGUGUUUUUAUUCCAUUCCAACUCGCAGUUCAACCAAACACUACCUAAA